AGGCGGCGGGAGGAGCGGCCCGGGCCCGGGCCCGCCCCGGAAGCGGCGGGGGAGCCGGCGUGGCCGCCAUGGGCAGAGCGGUGACCGUGGCCACCUGCGCCCUCAACCAGUGGGCCCUGGAUUUCCAGGGCAACCUGGAGAGGAUUGUCAGGAGUAUUGACAUCGCCAAGAGCCGAGGAGCCCGGUACCGGCUGGGGCCAGAGCUUGAAAUCUGUGGUUACGGCUGCUCGGAUCACUACUAUGAGUCUGACACGCUCCUGCAUUCGUUCCAAGUUCUGGCAAAGCUUCUGGAGUCUCCAGCCACUCAAGAUAUUAUCUGUGAUGUGGGAAUGCCUGUUCUGCACAGAAACGUUCGCUACAGCUGUCGAGUGAUCUUUUUAAAUAAAAAAAUUCUUCUGAUCAGACCGAAAAUAUCAUUGGCAAAUGCAGGAAACUACAGGGAACUGAGAUGGUUUACGCCGUGGAACAAAGCGAGGCACGUGGAGGAAUAUUUUCUACCCAGGAUUAUUCAGGAAGUGACUGGACAGGAAACUGUUCCUUUUGGGGAUGCAGUGCUAGCGACCAAAGAUACCUGCCUAGGGGCAGAAAUAUGCGAAGAACUCUGGGCACCAAACAGCCCUCAUAUUGAAAUGGGGCUUGACGGCGUGGAAAUUUUCACUAACUCUUCAGGGAGUCACCACGUGCUGCGGAAGGCUCACACCCGCGUGGAUUUGGUGAAUUCUGCCACAGCAAAGAACGGUGGAAUAUAUAUUUUAGCUAACCAGAAAGGCUGUGACGGCGAUCGUCUGUAUUAUGACGGCUGUGCCAUGAUUUCGGUGAAUGGAGAAACAGUCGCACAAGGAUCCCAGUUUUCACUUGAUGAUGUGGAGGUGCUGGUUGCCACUCUGGACUUGGAGGAUGUUCGAAGUUACAGAGCAGAGAUUUCAUCUCGUAACUUGGCGGCCAGUAAAGUGAAUCCUUAUCCCAGGAUAAAAGUGGAUUUUGCUCUGUCAUGUUCUGAUGAUGUGGCUGUGCCUACUUGUGUGCCAGUCCAGUGGAGACAUCAUAGUCCUGAGGAGGAGAUCAGCCUUGGGCCUGCAUGUUGGCUUUGGGACUAUUUAAGGCGCAGCAAACAGGCAGGAUUUCUCCUGCCUCUUAGUGGUGGAAUUGACAGCUCUGCUACAGCUUGCAUCGUGUACUCCAUGUGUCACCAGGUUUGCCUGGCAGUCAAGAAUGGAAAUGCAGAUGUGCUGGCUGAUGUGCGCAAGAUUGUGAAUGAUGAGACCUAUGUUCCUGAGGAUCCUCGAGAAUUCUGCAAGCGCAUCUUUACCACUUGCUAUAUGGCCAGCGAGAAUUCCUCCCAGGAUACCCGCAACAGGGCUAAACUCCUGGCCGAGCAAAUAGGCAGCUAUCACAUCAAUCUGAACAUAGAUGCGGCUGUGAAAGCCGUUGUGGGAAUUUUCAUCAUGGUGACAGGUCGAACUCCCUGUUUUUCUGUCUAUGGAGGGAGCAGCAGAGAAAACCUGGCACUCCAGAAUGUGCAGGCUCGAAUCAGAAUGGUCCUUGCCUACCUGUUUGCUCAGCUGACGCUUUGGGCUCGGGGGAUGCCGGGGGGACUCCUGGUGCUGGGAUCAACCAAUGCGGAUGAGAGUCUCCGAGGUUACUUGACGAAGUACGAUUGCUCAAGUGCUGAUAUCAACCCCAUUGGUGGAAUCAGCAAGACUGACUUGAAGAACUUCAUACAAUAUUGCAUUGAAAAUUUUCAGCUCACGGCCCUCAGAAGUAUCAUGUCAGCUCCACCCACUCCAGAGUUAGAGCCCCUGGUAGAUGGACACGUGGCUCAAACUGAUGAGGUGGACAUGGGGAUGACCUAUGCAGAGCUCUCAAUCUAUGGCAAAUUAAGAAAAAUUGCAAAGGCUGGACCGUACAGUAUGUUCUGUAAGCUGAUUAAUAUGUGGAAGGAAAUUUGUACUCCAAGAGAGGUGGCAUCCAAGGUCAAGCAUUUCUUCAGGGUAUAUUCCAUGAACAGACAUAAAAUGACCACUCUCACACCAUCCUACCACGCUGAAAACUACAGCCCGGAUGACAACCGGUUUGACCUGAGGCCUUUUCUUUAUAAUACCUCGUGGUCCUGGCAAUUUAGGUGUAUAGAUAAAGAGGUAUCCAAGCUAGAAAAAAAGGAAGGAAUUUCCCUAGAUGAAGAUGUGGACUGACUUGCUGUCUUGUUUAGCUGUGCAUUGGCUGUGUACACUGGACCAGUGUUUUGAAUAGCCACGCAAGGCCUAAUUCAGAAAGGUACUGGAAACAUGUCUAACUUGAAGCAGAUGGGUAAUCUUGUUAGUGGGAUCCAAAUUAAGAGUUCAGCUUCUUGUUUUGCAUCUACUUGCUGUGUAACUUGUGACAAUUAACUUUAAAAUCUCUGACUUAAUUUUCUCAGAGAGGAGAAAUAACCUGCUUCAUUAGUCUGUUCAGGGAUUGUUUAAUGGUUAUUGCCCUCCAAGAUCCUCAGCUGUAUUUUAAGGAUUUUGAAAAAAGUUGGCAUGGUGUCUUUUCCCUCCUGGCAUUUUUGAUGUGUAAGGGUAACCUGAGUCCCUUUUCUGCUUGUUCAUUUAAUGUUUGGCCAUUUUUGUUGCUUUUUUAAAAAUCUGAUUUGAAAGAUGCUUUCAGAGGUUCUAGACAAACCAUGCUAUAACUGCAACAGCCGGGAAGCUUAGACCAGGCAAGACUUUUGUUAAAAUGGUUAUACAUUGUGCUAAUGACAAAUGUCUGCUAAAGGGCAUGUUCUCUACAUUUGUUUUCCACAAUCUGGAAACACAGAGUUGAUUCACUUGGAGUUAAAGAUGCCGCAUUAUUCUUGGUGAGUUUAUUAUAUGGUAUUUUAUAAAUACGUAGCUUACCUUAGUGGAUGUUGCUGAUACUAAGGAUGUUUGUGUUCAUCUGACUGAAAACCCCGGUUAAGAUCUGCUUUCCUUCACUGUUGGUUGGCCAUUUCCCCUUCCCGUUCCAGCCACAGGGAGUGGAUGAAUUUUGAAUAGCUGUUCAGGAAUCCAUUGUAUAUUUGAAGGCUUCUUAUUUCUUUUUUUUCUUCCUGAAGUUAUUGAUUCUCCUUCCUGACCAUCACAGAAGAGGAAAGAAGGAAACAUUUGCUUUCAUUCAAAUAAAAUCAAUAGCAAAACCAA